GGAGGCCGGCCGGCCGCAGCAUGGCUCACGGGGCCGGCGCGCUGAUGCUCAAGUGCGUGGUGGUCGGAGACGGGGCGGUGGGCAAGACGUGCCUACUCAUGAGCUAUGCCAACGACGCCUUCCCGGAGGAGUACGUGCCCACCGUCUUCGACCACUACGCAGUCAGCGUCACCGUAGGGGGCAAGCAAUACCUUCUGGGACUCUAUGACACGGCUGGACAGGAAGACUAUGAUCGUCUGAGGCCUUUAUCUUACCCAAUGACUGACGUCUUCCUAAUAUGCUUCUCUGUGGUCAAUCCAGCCUCAUUUCAAAACGUGAAAGAAGAGUGGGUGCCAGAACUUAAGGAAUACGCACCAAAUGUACCCUUUUUGCUAAUAGGAACUCAGAUUGAUCUCCGAGAUGACCCCAAAACUUUAGCAAGACUGAAUGAUAUGAAAGAAAAGCCUAUAUGUGUGGAACAAGGACAGAAACUAGCAAAAGAGAUAGGAGCAUGCUGCUAUGUGGAAUGUUCAGCUUUAACCCAGAAGGGAUUGAAGACUGUUUUUGAUGAGGCUAUCAUAGCCAUUUUAACUCCAAAGAAACAUACAGUUAAAAAAAGAAUAGGAUCAAGAUGUAUAAACUGUUGUUUGAUUACGUGAGAAACAUCUACAGUGGCCAAGGACAACUGUCCAUUUUUCUCAGAAAGCAUAUGAAAUGCUACAGCUAAACCCAGACCUCUUAUAAUGAAGCAGUUUAAAACUUGAAAAAAAUCCUGUCCUCCGAAUUCUUUAAAGUUCAUUAAGAAUGUUUCUUAAAGAUCCAGGAAGCAGCAAACAGCAUCUGAAGCCACAAUCUACUAUAAAUACUUUAUUUCAACUAGAAGGUACAAUCUCUCAGGGGUUUCAUAGUUAAAAAAAAAAAAAGCUACAAUCACAUCAUGUUGUAACUACAUAAAAAACAGUGCUGUAAGUGGAACUGCCUGGCUUGGACCAUACACAUUUCUGCACAGUCUUUAUGGAAUCUGCACAAAGAAAUAUCUUCUCCCUUUGCUCCAAUUAAUUGUUCUUGUAUGUAAGUUGCUUUCUAUUCCAGUAUAUCCAGAGUGGUGAAAUAACAAGACCAGCCACGUAGCCAAAGGUCGCUCCUAGCGUACAGGAGAUGGGCCAUACCUGAGGAAAGAAUGUAUGAGAUCAAGAAGAACAAAUGUUUUCUGAUUACUUGAGCACAAGUUAAGUGUAACCUAAAUAUUUCUAUAUUAAAGCUUCAUGUGCUUUCUUAAAGAAUGCCAAAAGUGUAAUAACAUCAUAACUGCGUUUUUCACGAACACUAAAAAUGUACACAUUUUAGUUAUAAUGUGCAUUCAAUGGUUGUAAUAAGGCUUCUUGUAGAUUUAGUUUAAUGCUCCCCAGACUGCAUGAGAUACAUGCUAAAAUUACAAAUUAAAAUUUUGGGUCAGACUUUGCCAUAACCCUGGAUUCAAUUUAGCUCUCUGAACUAGUUGGUAAUUUUUCUUUAAUUUCCACACUGGCUUGUAUCAAAUGACAUGAGAAGUAUAUAUGAUGACCAGACCACAAGGAACCUUUUUUAAAUUGUGAUAAAGAGAAAAGACCUAGAAUUCAAGCAUGCCACCUGGAAUUUAAUAUAAAGCUAGUGCCUCCAUAAUGAAAUGCCAUCUUUCCACUAGAUAUUGGAACCACAGCAGAAGUUAUAGAUAGAACUAAAACGUCUACAGGCACCUAAAGUGUAAGUUAAAAUACUGGCUUGCAAAUACCCAUGUUCUUGAGCAGUGUUACAUUUAACAAUAUUACAUUAAGUCAGAAGUAAAUGAUGAUUUAUUUCAUCCAUGAAAGCAAAUUGGUCCCUAGGUGAAAGGCUCUGCUUUUAAAAAAACUGGAGACAAAAUUUUCAUGUUCAUCUGUGAAGCUUAUUUUGUAUACUGGAACCAGCUGUAAUCUUUCUCUGGGAGAACAGGUCAUAAUGCUGUUAGACAUGAACCAAAUUAAUUAUAAUUAAGCUUCUUUGUCUGGUCUGCUUGGAUCUGCCUUAUUCCACAUACCAUGCAAGGGACAAUAGUUUUAGAUAAAGUUUCAGGAUGAACAAACUAACACAGUUCAGAGAAGCAUAAUCUAGUCCAUUUCACCCCCUGCCUUUCCUACAUUUAAAAUUGCUAUUGCCUAAGUUAUGAUACCUUUAUGUCUUUGGUGAGCUUUUAAACUUCCAUGACUACAGCUUUGUCUAUUGCACAGAUUGGGUAAUGAAACACUAAACUUUUAUACUUGAAAAUGACAGCCUUAAAUGCUCAUAUAUCAGUCACAAAUCUAGGAUGUACUGUCUUGUAUGUGAGCUUUGUAGAGAUUUUUUUUAACUACAAGCAUCAUCUUCCCUUUUGAUGAGUGGAUAGUCUACUGAAUAACUAGACAGGAGUUUCUUUCUGAUUUGAACAGUGGAUGUCUUCUUUCUCCCAAGAAGUGGUGUUUCAUAAAGUACCAUGGCCUUAUGUAUGCUUGAAUGGAAUCUUAUGUAACUUUUGCAAUUAACUUCGGUCUGCUAUUUUUAGAUAGAAUUGAAAAAAAAAAACUAUAUAAACCAACUAGCAUAUUAGUUAAUUGUCCAACACAUAGUAUAAAAGAAUUAAGACAGUAAAGUAUUAUUCAUUUCCAACUUGCCUUUGGGGAUUUGAUGGGUGCCCCCUCCCCUCAAAAUUCACAUCUCUGAGACUUUUCACAUAAUUUUAAUUAAACUUAAAAUCUCAAAUUUGACCUGCCCAAAGAUAAAUGGACUAGAAAUUUUGAAACACAAACUCUGGUGUCACCUCUCUAGGCCUUAGUUAACUGUCUACAAAUAUGGGAGGUAGAAUAGAUCAAACAUCUCUCCCACUCACCGACUCUCUUAUUUACAUAAUUGUUGGACAUUACCUUUUCAGCUUCACAUUCUUAAGAUAGUAAAAACCAUGUCUAUAGGUCAUCAGAAGGCUAAGGAAGGAUGAUGGUGACAUCUGAACCUAAGGAGCCUUAGGUGCUCUGUUGACCUAGAUGGGGCUUAGAGUUUCCCACUGCUUAUAAAGACUUUUUGUUGUUUUGGUUCUUUAGUGAUUUCUUUUUGCAAAACACUUCAACCCUUUAACUAAAACCAAAGAUUUCUAUUCAUAUGCAGAUUGUAGAAAAACUGCCUUAUUUUCAGAAGCAUGUCUUCAUUAAAAGAUUUUAAUAGGAAUUCUCUAGACUAAUUACUGGAACUAGUUCAAAGUAUUGAAAUGUCUAAAAUGAAAUACUAAAAAAUAUCUUAUUGAUGUGAAUUUUGCUAGUGAAAAUGCAAAUACUCUGCUUCAAAUAUAAGGUCAUGUAUGGACUGAAAAGAAAUUUACAAUUAAUUUUUCUGCACAUAGUUUCUAAAAAAAUUAGGGGCUCUCUGAAAUUUUAGUUAGUAUUUGCUAAUAUAUACCCUUAUGCUAUAUCUAAGGGUCCAUUUUAGGUUAGCCCAUGUUGAAUUAUAUUUCCAGUAAGUAGAAUCUGAAUUAAUGUUUUUAAUAUGAAUUUCUAAGUUACUUGAGGUAUUGCUUCGAUUUGGCUUUUAAUUAUUAAUUUUAAGUACCAAAUUACCUGUUUGUUGGAUGUUACUUUAUAAGUGUUUGUUAUUUUAACAGUGUCCCAUCUUAACAUAUGGGGUUACAAAUAAAAUAUUAUGCAUAGUUUA